AUGAUCUACGCUCGUUUGCAGGUCGGGAAGCCGACGCCAGGCAAGGCUGCGCCUCCUUUCCCGGACAAUGUCGACGAUGCGGCACACAGGAACAGGGGCCCCUCCCGAAUCAACGGCAGACUCAGUGUCCUCGACGACUGCGUCCGACGCCACAUGUUUGACACGGUGCAGCUCUGUCUGAGAGGUGUCAUCACAUCCUCGGUGGGCUACACGCACGCCAUCGAGGACAUCAUCACCCUGACGGACGUCAAAGCCGCCUCAGAUUUCCGCCAGCCCACGGCGAUCAGCGAGACGGACGCGCGCAAGGUGCGGAGUCUGGACUUUUACUUCGAACUGCCCACGAUGAUCCCGGGCCAGCAGGACGGCAUCUUCCGCCCUCUCCCCUUGACCGGUCUUGUCAAGGGCACCACCACCAUCACCCAGAGCACGGCGCUGAACGACACACGGGUCGAGCACGGCGACUGCGAGGUGUCGUACUGGAUCGAGGUCAACUUCCGGCGCGCGGGGCGCCAGGUCGGGUUCCUGAACCAGCACAUCCAGAUCUCGUCAUUGUACCCUUGCCUGAAGGUCUCGGCCGGGCGAGAGACUCCCCUGACUAUCCGCGCCAAACCCGACAUCCUGUCGCGGUGUCGGUUCCAGAAAGUCCCCGGCCUCUCCCUUACCUGGUCCGAGGGCGACGUGGCCAUCAGACGGGAUCCCCAGACGGGCAAGCGCCAUAUCAGCGUGCCGCUCACCGUGGCCAUGGACGCCGCCGAGAGGAAUAGCGGUAGUGGUAGUCUGCCCAUGGACGGGCGCCAGUCGCUGAAAUGCUCGGUCGAGGCCAAGUGGGAGGUCAACACGCGCUUCUCGAUCGUGCCGGGCCGCCCCUCCCCAACAAGGCUGAGGGCGGGCGAGGUCAUCUACAAAAAGACCACGGCGUCGGCGCAGAAGUCGACCAUCCUGUUCCGGCCGCUCCCACAGUACGACAGCGCCCGGCGCGCGCAGCAGCACCAACAGACCACCACCCGCCCCGCGGCGGAGCCGUACGUGGCGACGUCACAACUCGAGCUCCCCGUGCCCGACGCCGUGUCCCAGCCGUCACUGGACUGGAAGUACCUGUCGCGGACGUACACGCUGGACCUCAGCAUGACGUUCCACGGCGCGCCCAAGUACUCGUUGCACAGCAGCAUCCCGCUCGCGGUCACGGCGUACGGGUCGAAGGCGGACGACGCGGCGAAGAGCCAGGUGGUCGUGGACGUGGCCGAGGUGGAGGUGCCGUCGGGGUUGGAGUCGGAUGACGACGAAGACGUGGACAACCUGAGUGCGUUGCUCGUCCCGCUGCGUCUGCGGCAGCCAGGCGAGCGCACUGCGACGAGGACGCCGCCGCCGGCUUACUUUGGAUGA